AUGUUCAAAUCAGCCACCUCCGUUGCCCGUAAUGCAGCUAUUGCUGCUCGUCGUACCUUUGCAAGCCAAGCUGGUUACGAAUCCACAGCCAAGAACCUCAUGAUUAACAAGGACACCAAGGUUAUCUGCCAAGGCUUCACUGGCAAGCAGGGUACCUUCCACUCUGAGCAAGCUAUUGCUUAUGGUACCAACAUGGUCGGUGGUGUUUCUCCCAAGAAGGCUGGUCAAACUCACUUGGGUCUUCCUGUGUUCGGCUCUGUUCGUGAGGCUGUUCAAGAAGCUAAGCCUGAUGCCAGUGUCAUUUACGUUCCCCCUCCCGGUGCUGCUGCCGCCGUUUUGGAAGCCAUCGAAAAUGAAAUUCCUCUUGUUGUUGCCAUCACUGAGGGUAUUCCUCAACAUGACAUGGUCCGUGUCAAGCAAGCUUUGAUGACUCAAAACAAGACCCGUCUCGUUGGCCCCAACUGCCCUGGUAUCAUUGCCCCUGAACAAUGCAAGAUCGGUAUCAUGCCUGGUCACAUUCACAAGCGCGGCAAGGUCGGCAUUGUUUCUCGUUCUGGUACUUUGACUUAUGAAGCCGUCAACCAAACUACUCAAGUUGGCCUUGGCCAAACCCUUUGCGUGGGUAUUGGUGGUGAUCCUCUCAACGGUACCAACUUUAUCGAUUGCUUGAAGAUCUUCUUGGAGGAUGACAACACUGAAGGUAUCGUCAUGAUUGGUGAAAUUGGUGGUACUGCUGAGGAAGAAGCUGCCGAUUUCCUUCGUCAAUACAACUUGACUCGUGAAGCUCCCAAGCCUGUUGUGUCUUUCAUUGCUGGUUUGACUGCUCCUCCUGGUCGUCGUAUGGGUCACGCUGGUGCCAUCAUCUCUGGUGGUAAGGGUGGUGCUCAAGAUAAGAUCGCUGCUCUUGAAAGCGCUGGUGUCAUUGUCACCCCCUCCCCUGCCCAACUCGGUAACAAGUUGAAGGAGGCUAUGACCGCUGCUGGUUUGGCAUAA